AUGGGGAACGUGAGCAGUCGGCCCAAUGAUGGGGCCGCUCUUUUCUUGAAGGACCAGAACCGCCUCACCAUAUCGUCCCUAGUCAUCACGAACCCUCGCAAGCGAUCUUCUGUACAGAUAUCCCCAAAUGAGUUCCCUGCGACUCUACUCUCCGCUACCAGAGUAUCGGGCGAUACAGCCCCGGUAGAAUUCAUCCAGGAUCCCGAACCGAGUACACUUGGCGUCCCAAGCUUCCUGAUCAAACUUAGCAACGAUGACGAACUCAUUUUCACAUUCACAUUCGUCAUGCGCCAACCGCAAGCGUCGCCGCCCGGCACCGCCACUCAAGACCCCCAGCCCCAACCGGUUGAGUCAAGUAUCACAGGUCUCACUUACGUCUAUGCAUCCACCACCCGCGAGGUCGAGAACCUCGUCACACGGGAGUUUCAUGCCGAUCCCAACCUACACAAGAACGCCAAUGUGGAACUUGUUGGCGACUAUUCUACAAGUGGACUCCCGGCAGUAACAUUCGACUGGACGUGGAAAUGGAAGCCUCCAAAGGCGAUGGAGGAUAAGGGUGGAGGCUGGAGGAACUCUUGCAGUUUUGUCGAGUAUGAUUCUAGAGCGCACCGGCUAAAUGCCCUCGCCAGUUUCUCGUACUGGGUAUCGAGUCCUGCAGCGAUUCAGAGCAAUGUCAGUUCUUCAUUGGGUCCCUUGACGAUGGGGUCGCCUCCCAGAAUCCGUGUCGCCUCGUCUCAGUCUGUGGAUUCCCGCCUCACUGAAAUCGACGAACCUGUCUCGCCCAUGGCUCCAACGCAUGAUGUAAAUUCCCUAGCACCUAACCCGGCUCAAACAAAUAUGCCUGUCAAGGUCGACGUCCCUACCCCGAAACCUGGUGACGAUGUCCUGGUCACCGAUGAUGGGCCAGUUUUUCGAGCCGCACUCAAGGCUCUAGAGCAAAAGACUGGGAAUAUGCGAACGCAGAUGAAGAAGGUGCUGAAGAAAGCCGAACAGGUUCACGCUACCCAAACAGAGGCCAAUGAGGCCUUUGUUUCGUUCAUUGAGUCUUUGCGUGAAGUGUCAUCUACGAAUGCCAAUGCAGUCCAGCCUGCCCUGGAGCACUAUUUCGACAAAAUCGCACGCGAGAUACUGACUUAUGAACGGCAAAACACUAUAGCCAUGUCGAAAAUCGUUAUUGAGCCGGUGCAAAAACUAUACCAUAUAGAUAUCAAGCAAGCCGAGGCUAAGAAACGAGAAUUUGAUGAGGAGAGCAAGGACUACUACGCAUACGUAUCCAGGUAUCUUGGUCAGCGUCAAGAUUCGGUCAAGGCUAAAAAACUGGCCGACAGCGAUACAAAAUACCAGAGCAAGAGGAAGACCUUUGAGCUCAAGCGAUUCGACUACUCGAGCUUCAUGCAGGAUCUUCAUGGCGGACGCAAAGAGCAGGAGGUUUUAUCUCAUUUGACGAAGUAUGCAGAUACCCAGACCAAAACUUUUAUGGCAACGGCCAAGAAGAUCGAAGGGUUGCUCCCACAGUUGGAGGCACUAUCGUCCGAAGUUUUGGAGGCAGACAAGGAGUAUCAGUAUCAAAGGCGGGAGCGAGAGGAGAAGCGACGCCUGUUGGAGAAGACGAACGGCACUUACCUUGAGCCCGAACAGGCCAGCACCAACAGUUCGGUACCCGCCACGACAAGUUCUAACGGCACACUUCAAGGGUACGCCUCAGAUGGUGAUCUUGGCCGAGCUGAUAGUACAGGUUCUCAGUUGCGAGCUGCCUCGUCAGCUGGUUCUAAUACCGCAGUCCCGUCUACGACCUCGGAACUCUCGAGAUCUCCUGGAAGCCUUGGCCAGUCGCAAGCACCGAGCCCUGCACCGAGUACCAAAUUCAAGGGCAUCCGAGAUCUCGAGGAACCGAAUGCCUCACAGACGUCAGUCGCGCAACGUAAGGAAGGUUUGCUGUGGGCUUUGAAUCGUCCAGGCGGUCACGUCGAUCCCAGAAAUCUAAAUAAGCAGGGAUGGCACAAGUUUUGGAUCGUAUUAGAUCAAGGAAGGUUGUCGGAGUACAGCAACUGGAAGCAAAGAUUGGAUUUGCACAUGGACCCAAUCGACCUCAGGAUGGCCUCGGUUCGAGAGGCGAGAAAUGCCGAACGGCGAUUCUGCUUUGAAGUUAUCACGCCAAACUUCAAGCGUGUCUACCAAGCCACGUCUGAGGAGGAUAUGAACAGUUGGAUUUCCUCUAUCAACAAUGCUCUUCAAAGCGCUAUGGAGGGACGAGGAGUUCCCGAGAAGCCCAGUACUGCGAGAUCAACAGGCGAUUCAUCCUUCAAAAGGGAUAUUGGAUCAAUCCUAACGGGCAAAUCGCAGUCUGUCGGCCACGGCCACCACUCCAAUCACAACCACUCAGCUUCCGGGUCGGGCAAUGGCCUGCCGGUGCGUAGAAUAACCGUCGGCGCUCGGCCUCCAGCUGUCCGAACGGCUAGCUCGGGGUACGAUGAGAACCCAGACAAGCUGCUGCAGAUGGUGAGGGAAAAUGACAAGGGCAACACAUGGUGUGCGGACUGUGGCUCUGGUUCCAAGGUUGAAUGGGUAUCCAUCAAUCUCGGCAUUAUUUUGUGCAUCGAAUGCAGUGGCAUUCACCGGUCACUCGGCACGCAUAUUAGUAAAGUCCGGUCCCUUACGUUGGACAUCAAAUCCUUUACUGUCGAUAUUGUCGAGGUUCUCCUCCUUGUCGGAAAUAGGGUCUCCAACAUGGUCUGGGAGGCUAAGCUUGAUCCCUCUCUGAAACCAGGACCUCACGCGACGAGAGAACAGCGACUACGAUUCAUCACGGCCAAAUAUGUUGACAGAGCUUAUGUCGAACCGAUCUCCUCGACCCUUUCAAGAUAUGGCACCCCGGACGAAACCCUUUUGGCCGCGAUCAAAAAGAACGAGAUCCAGCAAGUGCUGUACGCCUUGGCGCUGAGAGCGAACCCAAACGUCGUUGAUAGGAUGCGAGGAACGCAUGCCAUGUGGCUGGCAUUAGCGGCGGCAGAUCCUGCUGCGCCUUCACCAACACCAACACCCACUACGGCCGAUUCGGACAACAAAGUAGUCCCGUUCCCUGUUGCAGAAUUGCUUACCCAAAACGGGGCUGAGAUACCUUCAACACCGCCAGCAUUCCCGCUCGGUCGAUAUGCCCAGAUUUAUGUAGACCAGAAACGAGGCAAGGUUGUUGGUGGUGCCUCAGAUUCCGUGCCCUCGCUGCCUUCUAAUCUAAGCGCAAAUGAGAGGCUUCAACGAGAAAGAGAAGCGCGGCUGCAAAAGAGAGUGAGUGCGGGCGGGAGGCUAGCUAAAUCACCGAUUCCUGAGAGGUAG